GCUUUCCAGUUUUACUUUAUCCUCAAACUAUUCCGGUGAAUAACAGCACAGAUAUUCUAAUCUCCAUUGGUCAGAAAAUGAGACUCAGGCACAAAAAAAGCAAAUUGACUUAUUCCAAUUAAUUAUUUCUCUUAUUAUAGAGUCUUGAAUAGAAUGCAGGUCUCCUGACCACAGACCAAAUAAUUCUUCUAUUGUAAAAACAAAUAUGUUAAUAACCCAGAAUUCCAUGUUUUCCUUAUUUAAAAAAAAAAUACUUCUCAGCUGAAAUGUCAUCAAAAUAUUUAUCUCCAGAUUGUCUACAAAAAUGCUUCAAAGGACAAACACUUUUUUCCCUUUGAAAGCCAACAACAUGAAAGCAAAUAGAAGAUAGUUUUACAGCCCACAGUAUAGCUGUUUUGUGAAUGUAUUAGAAGACCUAGACUACAGACAGGAUUAAUGAUACCUGCAGUGUAGGGGUUUCCCUUCCUUUGUGAUUAAUUGUCUAAUUUCCAGGUUUUGGAACCUUUUCAGCAAAUUGCAUGAAAAGGCUGUUUUUGAAAGCACACAGAUUUUUUUGCCUCAAAGUAUUUGCUGGUGAAGGAUUUGCUGGGCUGUCUGUUGCCAGGAUUUAAUCACUUUCCCCUUAGCUCAGGUUAUUGAUAAUGUAAAUAGACCUCAAAGUUAUUUUUUAAUCCUUUGUUGCUAAUUUUUAUUGUCAUUGAAUUUACCUCUUUGUUCAGUACUGCAUACCUGUGUUUUCCAAGAAUCUAAAUACCUCAGUCAUUUUAGAAUUUAUGUCAUCAAUUUGUGACUAACCUGGAUCAAUCUUAAGGGUAGUUAUUUUUCAAAUUUCCAGUGCCCUAUAGAAUAUCCUCUUGGGGUGUCAUUUAAUUUUACAUAUCCUUUUAGCUGAAGUAUGAUCUCAUAGAGAACAUCAACAGUUUUAAUAUUUCACUUAAAAACAAACAUGGGAGGGUCAGCUAGAGCUUUGGCAGCUUUAAUCUACUUAAUCAGGUUUUGAGGGAAUAAUAGUUUCUUAAAAAAAAAAAGCUUGCUCCUCACUGACUUUGGCUGAACUUGCUUCAUGUUUUUUCCUUACAAAAUGCUUAUUAACAUUGACUUUCUUUCUAGUGGGACUGCUGCAUGGGUUUUAGAUGCUAGCCAGAGAGAAAAGAUGCCUACUUACUUUCAUGAAUGGGAAGAUCCAGGAGCCAGGUAGAUGCCUUCUGAAGGGAAAAAUUGGUGUCUAAAAAUUUUAGAUACCUGGUUUGAAGGAAAGGAUGUUAUGAAUCUUUAAAAUAUGGCUCUCACCAUUUUCAUGUCCUCUUGGUUAUAGUUUAUAUGGCAGAUUUCUCAGUUAUAAUUGUGGAGCAUUUGGAAUAAUGAAGUUCUUGCUCCAGUAUUCAUACUUACUUGAAAUUUCAGAUCAGGUAUUGUUCAAACUACUUAUUAUUCAGUAGUAAAAGAGUACAUAAGGCUCCAUACUUUUCUGCUUUAACUGCUUUAAAACUUCUUGUUUUUCCAGAGAGAGCUCAGGAUUUCAAAUAAAUCUCUGUUCAGUUCACUUCACUGAAUACAUAUGAUUGCAACACUGUUCAGUGAGUCGUCUUUACUAGUUCAUUUAUAGAUCUGUUUAUAAACUGUCUCUGCUAGGUUUGAUGCAGGAUAGCCCUGGUGGUUUAUCUGGGAACCUGGUGGUAGAGCUCCAAAAGGGGGUAGACAGUGGUUCUGAAAAUACUAAAAUAACAAAACUGCGCUGAGUACACGAAGCCAUUAGAUUCACUGAAAUCUGAGUACAUUAUUAAGUGGAGUAAUUUAUAACAGUCUGGCCUGCGUGCUGUGACUUAUCCAACCUUUGAGUUAACUGUUAUCUGCCUGGAAACCUAGUUUGGUGUAAAUUGCUCUUUACCCUUCUCUGAUGAAGAAAAUAAUCAAUAAUCAUGUUUGCAUCUGUGUGUGCUUUAUUAAUGUUGGCAUUAUUCCUUCCCCUUUUCCUGUUUUGGAGACUGUCAAGUGGACCUUCUAAUUUAUAAGUGUCAGAUAUAUUUUUGUAUUAGAUUGUGCCUAUGAUGAGAGAAAUCUCUAAUGUAUAUUUUCUGUACUUGGAACACAAUUAUAAUCUGACACACUUUGAGGCAUGGUCUAGUCAUAAUAAUAUGUAACUCUGUGAUGUAUUUAAGAUUUUACUUUUAUUGGGAUAGGUAUCUUUUUGAUUUUAGCACAUGAUAGCUAAGUAAAGAAUUAUUACUUUCAGAUGUGACAGAAAAUUAGAAUAUUUAUUGUCCUGUAUUGUGUAAGUCAAUUAUUUAGAGAAUUUGCAUUUUUAUCUUUCUGCCAACUAAAAUUGAAUGACAGUGCAUACAUGGUUUUUUAAAAUACACACACACACACACACUCCUUUGCUAUGUAAACUUUCAUAGUUGAUUGCUUCCCUAAGCAGAUUGUGGUGGCAAGUAUUCAAAUAUGGAUCCCUACCUGUGAAGAUACAUGGUCACACAGUCAUGUUUUGUUUGUUAUGUCUUGUUCGUUUGUUUGGAUGUUGUUUGUACAUUUUAUUUACGUAUUUUUUGGCCCCACCACUUGGCAUGUGGGAUCUUAGUUCCCCGACCAGGAAUUGAACCCAUGCCCCAUAUAGUGGAAGCUCAGAGUCUACCAGGGUUUUAUUUUAUAGAAAAAAUCUUUUUAGGCCCAGAUCCUCCCAAGAAAAGACAUAAUUGGGGUGGGAGGCUUGAACUUGAACUUAGGAAGAGGAAAUACUUAGAAAACUUAGAAAGAGAAAAGGAUAGGGAAGGGAGAACAAGAAAAGGGAAAGUUAGUUCCUAAAAGGUGGGUUCCUUCAGUUAAAGUGAGCACAAUUCACCUACUUGGCUAACUUGUGAAAAACUAGCAAGGGGGCUGAGUUCCUAGUCGAUCAGGAUAUUCAAUAGAAGCAACACACUUGUAACUUAGAUGGACUCUGGAGUGGUUCUCAAGUGGUAGUUUUACAACUACAGAGAGAGACUAAUUCAGUAGCUUCUAAGUAGGGCUUGAGAAAUCUGUAUGCAGGUCAGGAAGCAACAGUUAGAACUGGACAUGGAACAACAGACUGGUUCCAAAUAGGAAAAGGAGUACGUCAAGGCUGUUUAUUGUCACCCUGCUUAUUUAACUUAUAUGCAGAGUACAUCAUGAGAAAUGCUGGGCUGGAGGAAACACAAGCUGGAAUCAAGAUUGCUGGGAGAAAUAUCAAUAACCUCAGAUAGGCAGAUGACACCACCCUUAUGGCAGAAAGUGAAGAGGAACUAAAAAGCCUCUUGAUGAAAGUGAAAGAGGAGAAUGAAAAAGCUGGCUUAAAGCUCAGCAUUCAGAAAACUAAGAUCAUGGCAUCCGGUCCCACCACUUCAUGGCAAAUAGAUGGGGAAACAGUGGCUGACUUUAUUUUUCUGGGCUCCAAAAUCACUGCAGAUGGUGAGUUCAGCCUUGAAAUUAAAGGACACUUACUGCUUGGAAGGAAAGUUAUGACCAACCUAGAUAGCAUAUUAAGAAGCAGAGACAUUACUUUGUCAACAAAGGUCUGUCCAGUCAAGGCUAUGGCUUUUCCAGUAGUUAUGUAUAGAUGUGAGAGUUGGACUGUAAAGAAAACUGAGCACCUAUGAAUUGAUGCUUUUGAACUAUGGUGUUGGAGAAGACUCUUGAGAGUCCCUUGGACUUCAAGGAGAUCCAACCAGUCCAUCCUAAAGGAGAUCAGUCCUGGGUGUUCAUUGGAAGGACUGAUGUUGAAGCUGAAACCAAUACUUUGGCCACCUGAUGCGAAGAGCUGACUCACUGGAAAAGACCCUGAUGCUGGGAAAGAUUGAAGGCCAGAUGAGAAGGGGACGACAGAGGAUGAGAUGGUUGGAUGGCAUCACUGACUCAAUGGACAUGGGUUUGGGUAGACUCUGGGAGUUGGUGAUGGACAGCGAGGCCUGGUGUGCUGCAGUUCAUGGGGUCGCAGAGAGUUGGACACGAUUGAGCAACUGAACUAAAGUAGGGCUUAGGAAGACCUUUUUAACAGACUCCUAGGAUAUGUCUAAUGCAGAUAGAAUACAUUAGAGAGAGAUGGGCCUACGUUAUCAUCUUUUGGUAAGUAGUAAAUCUGAGAGAAGAGUCAACUAUAUGGAAGAGUUAUAUAUAUUAUGGGGCUGCUGGAAAAAAUGCUUGUAACCCUUUGGUUUUCUAAAGUAGGAGAUUGCUGAGCUGAGUUUUAGAGGAGGAGAAAGAUGCAAUCAUGUGAAAAUGACGGCUGAAAGGAUGUCUCAGGCCUUGGACCUGAUGAGCAGAGGCACAGAGUGACAGCAUGUGUCUUCAGGUCCAGUCUCUCGAGGGUCAGGUGGAAACCACAUGGUAAGAUGAGAUAGUUACACAGGUCACUGCAAGAACCGUGGAUUGCUAUAGAGUAAGGAUUUGAAGCAGGGAGGGACGGGGAGCAAUUGAGAGUAAAGUAGGUUUGUAUUUUAGUUAGAUCCCCAGUGACUGAAAGAGAUGAACACAAAGACAAGAAGAUUGUAAAGUCACAUCAAAUCACUAGGAGUUCUAGAAACCAAGCAGCAGACAGAGGUUUUAAAAUUUGUUAGGUGCUGUUAGGUGUAACAGUUUGCUUUUCAGAGGAACUUGGACAGAACAGUCAUUGCAGAAAUGUGGAAAAAGUAUAUAGGCUUGCCUUCUGUGUUGCAGAUAUUCAGCACAGUACAUAACACCUAAUCGGUGUUCAAGGUGACUGACCAAGUUUGGUUAGGUGACGUAAGUAUAUGUCCCUCAUUCCAAAAGUCACCAUAAAUGAGAUAUCUAAUGUUUGUACUUGGAGUUCUUAGUGUCAUUACACCUUUGAUAAUUAAAUGUAAACAAGUGGAAAGGAAUUGUUCACUUUCAUUUCACUUUUACUUACACUACAAAGUCUGGGGGAGGGGGACGAGGAGACAGCGAUGAGGACCAAAAGCUGUACCACCUGCAGAUCUAAUCAUCACACUCAAAGUCACACUAAAAGAGCAUUUCUUCUUUUAAAAUGUAAUCUUCAUAAGAAGGAGGGGCUUGUCUGCCACAUAACAGGCACUCAGUAGUAGGUAAUGGACAAAUUAAUAUCCUCAUAAAGGGGUGUGUGCAGCAUAGAUGUAUGCCAGGGUUUUAACAUUGCUUGUUACUGCAACGUGCUCUGGUAACCUUCAUUUUUUCUCAAGUUAAAGUUUUGUCAGAUACCUGCCCUGAUGAUGAUAUUUAAUCGUUGAUUUACAGUGAUUCUUGUUGCUUUUUAAACAUGUGGAAAUGGAUUACAACGAAGGCUGCGUGGAAUUUGAUCAUCAUGACUCCGAUGGUAUUUAAAUGCCCAGCACAAAUAUUAGAGCCCGAACGGGAUAAAAAAAAGCAGAGGGUGUUUUGAAGGAGUCAGUUUCACUUGGGUAAAAGGGAGCUAAAUUUACACACAGUCCUUAUGGACUUGCAGCCUGCAGCUGAUGGUAUGGUUUGGGAAGGAUAUGCAGUGCCUGAAGUAUUGCAAGAUCUGGAAUGAGGAGAAACAGGAAGAUUCAGGAUCAAUGCCAAAUUCUCUUUCAGCAGGCACGUUUCUUGAGAGGAGUGCUGUGCGGCAUCCUAUUAUUGUACCAGUGUGUGUUGUGUACAUCGGCAGAAUUUUUCUUCAAAAAGUUGAGAUUACAGACAUCCCGCCAGCAUGAUUUCUUCAAAGCCCAGACUUGUCGUACCUUAUGGCCUCAAGACUCUGCUUGAGGGAGUUAGCAGAGCUAUACUCAAAACCAAUCCACCAAACAUCACCCAGUUCGCAGCAGUUUAUUUCAGAGAACUUAUUCUCUUUCGAGAAGGACAUGCUUGUCUGGAUAUAAAAGAUCUGGUUAAACAAUUUCAUCAGAUUAAAGUGGAGAAAUGGUCGGAAGGAACAGCACAAGAGAAGAAAGCAGAAUGUGUGAAAGAGCCAGAAAGAGCAUCUACCAUCUCCCUAGAACCUAAGCGGAUGGAAAAAUCAACGGACACAGAGGAGGAUAACAUAGCAGCACCGUUGUUCAGCAACAAAACCACUCAGUUCCCAUCAGUUCAGGCCGAGCUGGUCUCAGAGCCUGAGGACGCAAGUGAAGCACUCCGGGGUCCGUCCAAACCGGCCACCCCACCGUCGUCACCAGUGCCAGCAGCGGUCACUUCUGAGUUUGCCUAUGUCCCUGCGGACCCCGCCCAGUUUGCUGCUCAGAUGUUAGGUAAUGUUCCAUCUGUUCAUUCUGAUCAAUCUGAAAUUUUAAUGGUGGAUGUGGCAACAAGUAUGCCUGGUAUUUCCGAGGAGAUGCUGAGCUCGAAGGCUACUGAAGAGAACGUGGUGGCCACUCCUAGUGUGUGUUCUGGCAAGAUGGUAGCAGAGCAGGUUGUGAGCGAAAAAUCUGUCCAUGUACAUGUGGGCAGUAAGGCUGAAUCACCAACGGCUUCCUCAUUCCCCUUGCAGGGUGAACAAGAACCUCCUGCUUGUGACCAUGCUUCUGAGGUCCCUUUGCAGGCUGACAUUGAGGUGACAUCCACCAUGCACAUAGCCUCUAUCUAUAAUGAUGAGCCUGUAAUCGAAGGAGUUACUUAUGUUGAGCAGUUACCAGAACAAAUAGUUAUCCCCUUCUCUGAUCACGUUGCUCGUCUUAAAGGCAAGGAGCAGUCACCACCACACAGUCCCAUACUUGUAGUAGGCAAGACAGCCUCAGGCGGGUCUGAAAAAUCUGUGGGUUCCGCAAAAUUUGUGCAGUUGGAGAGUACAAAGUAUGACUCAGUCCAUGUGGAGGCAGACGGCUCUACCAAAGCAGUGAGCUCUGAGAAAUCCAUGCACCUUGAAGUGGAGAUCUUUGCGCUGGCCCCUGGCAGUGCUGGGCAGGAGUCCGGGGGAAACCCUGCGUCCCAGGAGACGGAGGUCAAACCCACGCGCUCAGGGUCCGUAAGAUCAUCUAGUGGCCCCCAACCUCCUGUUCCAGAAGGUCUUUAUGAACCAGAAAUGGAACCAGAACGGGAAGCAGCACCUUCCAACGAGGUUUGAUGGAGCCAGGUAAGAAAAUUACUUACAAAAUUAAAAACUACAUUCUGGUGACAUCUCUAUUUCAGGUGACCAUCUAGGUAGGCUCCCUGCAGACUGGUCAGACGUCUUUCCUUUCACUAGUACUGAAAAUGCCAAACCUAUUUAAAUAAAGGCUUUGUUGUAUUUGAGAUUUUACUCUCAUGAGAUGAGUGAUUUUAAAGCAACAUCACCACCGCUUGCCCUCAAAGUUUGGUCAUCAAGUGCUCUUCAGUUGUUUGGACAUACCAUGUCACCAAAGAUGUUACAACCUGUUGUCAGGCACAAACAUGUCAUGUGAUCUGGAUACUGCUACUGCAAAACUGUAAUCAUGGGGUGUUGGUUUGAAAUUUCUCACUCAUGAACGUAAAAGCAAAUGACAACAACAUAUUUACCUAGGUGGUGGCAUUGGAAACAUGGAAGAAAUGGUGGUGUGUUUGACUGCUUUCGCGCUGAGGGAGGAGAGCUCUGCAAGCUGGUCUGGGGGGGCUGGUUGAGCACUGCCGUCUUGCCUGGGGGCUGCCCGAAGCGGAGGGAGCAGCUUCAUAGCUGGAUGGAGAGGGGAAAGGUGAAGUUCUGUCCCACAGGGGAGCGGGGUGGUAGCGGCAGCUGGCUGGCUUCCAUCAUUACCACAACAGGAGCCUAAACACCCUACUUGCUUGGCUGCUGAACUAUCACUACUGCUCUCCUGUGACACAGACGCACCAUCUGACCUCCCAUCUCGGUCUAGUUAAUGGCCUUUGGUCCACCCGCCCCCCUGCUUCAUCCAGAUGAGCGCAGGGACCAACACCCCCCCCCAUUCCUUUUGCAGAAGCUCUCUCA